AUGACUACGCAAGAAGCGUUCGAGAUAAUGGUCCAGCUGCAAGCGCUCGAGUUUCCCUACGCGAUGAAGAAGGCGCGAAGUGUUGCGCUUCUGAAGGCGGGCGGGAUACCCACCAUGUCCAAAUUGUUCGCCGUCACUGGCCAGAAUAACAUCAGAAAUGCAGGAAGGCGAGCUGUUGAUACGGAGAUUCUCCUGCGCGAGUCACAGACACAGCCACGGGAUUCUGAACGCUAUAUGGAUGCGGUUGCACGAAUGAAUUACCUCCACGCUCGAUAUCGUAAAGCGGGAAAGAUCCUAGACGCAGACCUUCUGCACACGCUGGGCGACGGAGCAUUGGAAAUUCUACACAUCAUAGACAAGGAAGAGUGGCGAGAGCUCAGCGACGUCGAAAAGUGCGCUGUGGGAAUAUUCCACCGCAACCUUGGCGAGGACUUGGAGAUUCCAUUUACUCCAUUGAAAAGCUUCAAAUCGGGAUGGCAGGAUGGGUCACAUUUUGUGACUGAGCUGAUUGAAUGGACGAAAGGAUAUGAGAAAGAGGUUGCAAAGCCGACGGCAACAGGAGAUCAGUAUGUAAGAGUUUAUGUCGACUCAGCUACGAACAAAAUGGGCAAAAGAGUCACAGCGUUCAUUAGGCGGGUUGUUGGUUCGGAUCUGGAUGAUACAAUGAGGACAAGCCUCUGCAUCGAAGCCCCCGGACCAUUCAUUUACGCUCUCCUCUUCGCUAUCAGGAACACCCGCAAGAUUCUCCUCCGCUUCCUUAUGCUACCCCGCCCAGAGUUUCUUGCUUAUCAUUCUGUCGCGUCCGUUCCAAAUGCUGAAGGCCUGUAUAACUUCAGUCAUGGAGGUUUCCAGCCCUGGUAUGUUCGACCUAGCUUGUGGUCAACUUGGAGUCCUGGGGCAGCGCUUCUAAGGAUGUUUGGUGCUAGGAAACCCGGCAGCAAAGGCGAUAGAUAUAAGCCGACAGGGUAUGAUUUGAAAACAAUUGGACCGCCACCGCAAGAAGGGAAGGGCUCUGAGGAGAUGAGGGCGGCAGUCGAGUUUAUGAAGGGUCGGGGAACAGGGGAGUGUCCGUUUUCAGGUAUGAAGCAGCGUAAGGAUUCUGAUCUGGCGAAAGGGUAA